UUUUCAUGAUGGCAACCUCUCUAAUGUUUGGCUCCUCCGCUUGUUGUUGUAUUACUCCGAUGGUUUUAGCUUCUGCUGCUUGUACAAGAACUGCUUGGGCUUAUCAUGAGGAAAUCAGUUUAUCUACGGUUAAUGGUAUGCACAGAUGUGUGUGCACUUAUAACUGAAAUUUAUAUUGAGCAAGAACUUUGUUAAUAAAUGUAGAAAAUAUUAUACUAAACAAUUACAAUUGCGAUGAUAAAUGUUUCUGAAAUUUGCAAAUAAAAAAACAUAAAUUAUGAAUAAUUGUAUGAAUUAUGGUGGAUUAAUUGAUUAACUAAUAAAACCAUCAUAAGCGGAGAAGCGACUAAAAUGAAAUCUUAUGGAAAAGUAAUUUUAGUUUUAUUGCUGAUAUGGAGGACAGAUGUGGUAAUUGGCGGAAAGUCCCAACCACAGGAUACAGUAUCAGUAUCGCUACCAGGCGAUAUAAUUCUGGGUGGUUUGUUUCCCGUGCAUGAGAAAGGCGAGGGUGCAUCGCCAUGCGGGCCCAAGGUCUACAAUAGAGGAGUGCAACGACUGGAGGCUAUGCUCUACGCCAUUGACCGAGUUAAUAAUGAUUCAAAUUUGCUCCCUGGUAUCACGAUAGGCGUACAUAUUUUAGACACAUGUUCGCGCGACACUUAUGCUUUAAAUCAAUCUCUACAGUUCGUGCGCGCAUCGCUUAACAACUUGGAUACCUCAAUUUUUGAAUGCUCCGAUGCUUCCAGUCCAUUGUUGAAGAAAAACGCUUCUUCCGGACCAGUGUUUGGAGUCAUCGGAGGCUCUUACAGUUCUGUGUCUCUGCAAGUGGCAAAUCUUUUUCGACUCUUCCACAUACCACAAAUAUCACCAGCUUCCACAGCCAAAACACUUUCCGACAAAUCACGAUUCGAUCUGUUUGCCAGAACGGUGCCGCCAGAUACAUUUCAGUCCGUCGCGUUGGUCGAUAUUAUAAAGAACUUUAACUGGUCUUAUGUAUCCACAAUUCACUCGGAAGGCUCUUAUGGCGAAUAUGGUAUUGAAGCGUUCCAUAAGGAAGCAAGCGAACGACAUGUGUGCAUUGCUGCUGCUGAGAAAGUACCCAGUGCAGCAGAUGAUAAGGUCUUUGAUGCAAUUAUUAGCAAACUACUAAAAAAACCAAGUGCUAGAGGUGUUGUUCUUUUCACUCGUGCUGAGGACGCUCGACGCAUUCUACAAGCGGCGAAACGCGCAAAUUUAACGCAUCCGCUGCAUUGGAUAGCAAGUGACGGGUGGGGCAAACAGCAAAAGCUCCUUGAAGGAUUGGAGGACAUAGCGGAGGGUGCAAUAACGGUUGAGUUGCAAUCGGAGAUUAUUGAAGAUUUUGAUCGUUAUAUGAUGCAAUUAACGCCACUUUCCAAUCAGCGUAAUCCUUGGUUCGCAGAAUACUGGGAAGAUACUUUUAACUGUGCUAUAAAAAACAGCUCUGAAGAUAAUUCAACAAACCAUGAACGAAAAGUUAUUUGUGAUGAUAACUUAAGGUUAUCAGAAAAAGUUGGAUAUGAACAAGAAUCAAAAACACAGUUCGUUGUUGAUGCCGUCUACGCCUUUGCCCAUGCGCUUCAUCACUUACACACUGAUCUGUGCACGCAGAAUAAUGAAAAUGAAGGAGGUCAACAAAGUCAUCAUGCACAUAGCGAGUCCGUAUGGUAUCGCAAGCCAGUAGUCGACAUCCAUUCACAGGCGUGUCCUGAUAUGGCCAGCUAUGAUGGCAAAGACUUUUACAAUAAUUACUUGUUAAACGUCUCAUUUGUUGAUCUGGCUGGCAGUGAAGUAAAAUUUGAUCGUCAAGGAGAUGGCUUGGCUAGGUAUGAUAUAUUAAAUUAUCAACGACUGGAUAAUUCUACUGGGUAUCAAUACAAGGUAAUUGGGAAAUGGUUUAACAACCUUGAGCUGAAUUUGGAGACCGUGGUCUGGAAUAAGGAACAGGAAAUGCCAACAUCAGCAUGCUCAUUACCUUGUAAAGCGGGAAUGAUUAAAAAACAACAGGGGGAUACAUGCUGUUGGAUCUGUGACAGUUGUGAGCCAUACGAGUAUGUUUAUGAUGAGUUCACUUGCCGUGAUUGUGGUCCGGGUCUAUGGCCCUACCCCGAUAAAUUAUCAUGCUUUGCUCUAAGCAUACAGUACAUGAGCUGGAAUUCAUUGUUUGCAAUCGUUCCUAUGAUAGUUGCACUUAUUGGUAUUACGAUGACUAUAUUCGUUAUUGUGCUCUUCGCCAAAAACCACGAUACACCCCUUGUGCGAGCGUCUGGCCGUGAACUAAGCUACACUCUAUUGUUUGGAAUUUUGGUGUGUUACUGCAAUACGCUGGCUCUGAUUGCAAAGCCAACAAUUGGAUCAUGCGUAUUGCAAAGAUUCGGUAUCGGAGUCGGGUUUUCAAUUAUUUACAGCGCGCUCCUUACAAAAACUAAUCGCAUAUCGCGGAUCUUUCACUCUGCAUCAAAGUCGGCCCAACGACUUAAAUAUAUCUCACCCCAAUCUCAAGUUGUGAUAACCUCAUCAUUGAUCGCAAUACAAGUCUUAAUCACUAUGAUAUGGAUGAUUGUGGAACCGCCAGGAACGCGAUUUUAUUACCCAGAUCGAACGGAAGUGAUUCUUAAGUGCAACAUCCAGGAUAUGUCCUUCCUCUUCUCGCAGUUGUACAAUAUGAUAUUAAUUACGAUUUGCACAGUAUAUGCUAUUAAGACGCGAAAAAUACCCGAAAAUUUCAACGAAUCGAAAUUCAUUGGCUUUACCAUGUAUACCACAUGUAUCAUAUGGCUAGCGUUUGUGCCAAUAUACUUUGGUACCGGGAACUCGUAUGAAAUUCAAAUUACAACAUUAUGCAUCUCAAUUAGCUUAAGUGCUUCAGUGGCGUUGAUCUGCCUUUAUUCGCCUAAAGUAUACAUACUGGUCUUUCAUCCGGAUAAAAAUGUGCGAAAAUUAACAAUGAAUAGCACAGUAUAUCGACGAUCUGCUACAACUGCAGGGGGUCAAGCAAUGCCAACAAGUUCGGGAUAUAGCCGCACGCCCCUCGGAACUGGAGUUGGUAUAUCUGCAAGCGCUAACGCUGCUACAAUAGCUGCGUCGUCAGGACGAGCUUCACAAAGUGGUAGUCAAAACAGCCCAAGUCCCGACAUAACACAUAAGCAAACAAUUAUUCAAAAUAAUGAGGAAGCAUGGAUUGAUUCACAAGCAACUCCAAAAUGUGAAUGAAAUUUCGAAAAUAUAAAGCACUUUUAAGCAACAUAAUCGAAAAAGUAAAUCAUACAUUUUUUUCAUAGCAUUAAACCAUCUACAACCAUAUAUCUAUUGCUCAGAUUUUUUAUGACAAUUGUUUGAAUCAUUAGAAAUUUUCAAUCAGAUACACAUAAUUAUGCUGAGUGAUAAAAGUUGGAUUUAUGCAGAAAAAAAAAUCUUCCUUAAAGCUAUGAAAUUAAUUCAGUCAUUUUAAAUGUAGGCUUAUCAAUUAUGGUCAAUAUUUAUAUAAAUAUUACAAGAUCGGUGACCACAAAAAAUCAAUUUGCUAUAUUUAUAAGUGGAACGGUCUGCCGAAGAUUUUAAAGAAAUUGACUAUGGAAAUUUAUUAUUGGUCUUGCCAGGCACUACAAUUUAAGGCUUUAAGAUUAGUUUAAUACAGCUUUUUUGGUGUACUACACAGUGACUCAGUUUCCGAAAACUUGUAGCGAAUUUCACAUAUUCCUGUAUUGGUAUUUAUAAAAGUACUAUUAAAAAUUUUAAUUUUAAAAUAUCGUUUUCUAUUUAUAAGAAAUAUUUUUUCAAUACUUCCGGUUUUAAGGGGCCAGUUCCAAAAAUGUUAUUAAUAAUUUAUUAAUUUUAAAUUUACCAAUUUUAUUUUACAAAUACCUUGUUAAUUUGACUUAAACAAUUCCACGCGUUUAACAAAAUAAAGAAUUAAUAAAUCACGUAUGAAAAAUUCAAUAUAUAAAUAUACAUAUUUACAUACUAUGCAGUUCCGGUAUUCCAAUAAAAUAUAUCCUGUUCAAAACAAGUAAGAAAGCUACAGUCGAUUGUGCUUGACUGUGAGAUACCCGCUACCCAUUGUGAAUAAAAGUAAAACCUCAUUACAAUAUGAGUUUUUCCAUGUACAAAAGUAUUUCCUAAAUAACUUUUACAAUUUUAAUCUGAUCACAACCAAAUUUUCAGGAAUCUUAAUAACUAUAGUUAUUAUGAUAUGUACCAAAUAUCGUCUCUAUCUUAACACUUGUUAUUCGAUUUUUGACCUUUGCGGGGGAGCAAGUAGGCGUGACAAAAACUUGAAACAAACUCGAUCUACGUUCAAACAUAAAUGCUUUCGAAAAAGAAUAUAGUGUUAUCUCUUAUGGUCUGUGAUAUCCAAUGUUUCAUACGGACAGGCAGAUGGGUAUAGCUAUAUCAUCUUGAUUGAUGAGGCUAAUCAAGAAUAUAAUAUAAUUAUUUUCCAACAAUUUAUUGUGUUUGAACAAGAAACUUCUUAUAACGACUUAAAACUACCAUGUGUGUAUGGCUCUAUGCGUGUGAUAGUGUUUUUAUGCUGUGUUAUCAAAUUGCUACAGAAUGUUUUAGGUGGAAUUUAAAUAGUGGCGUGAUUAUCGAAAAUAAUCGAGUAAGCGUAAUUAGUUAAUAAAGAUAGAGCUGCGAAUUUUGGUGUAUACAAUAAUAACUAUAGUAUUUGUGAAUCCUGGAAAUUUGAUUGCGAUCAGAUAAAAAUUGUGGAAGUUAUUAAAGAAAUACUUUUGUAUGGGCAAAAACGCCUACUUACUGGGGGUCUGAGUUGCUUUGGCCGACAAUCUGGUAUAUUGUGCCGUCUAUGGUAUAUUUUGAAUGCGGUACUAUAUCGAUAAAACAAAUACAUUUGGUAAAUUUUUUGUAUUUUUGUAGUAUUUUCGGUAUGUUUUUAAAAUAAUACGGCAAUAUUUUGCUUUUAUUCAAAAUGGGUAGCGGGUAUCUCACUCGACUAUAGCUUUCUUACUUGUUAUUUUUGCAUGCAGAUCAAGUUUGUCUUAUAUUUUUGCUGUGCUCACUUUAGCCUACGCAAAUCGGAAUAAAUCGACCAGCAAUAGUAAUUUUGAAAAUAGUUACGAUUUGGUGCAUAUGUACAAUAACAACCACAAUAUUUAUGAUUCAUGAAAAUUUGUUUCCGAUUGAAUCAAAAUUGUAAACGGAAUUGAAUUGAAGAAAUACUUUUGUAUGGCAAAAAAAUGCUUUCGGGUCUUAGUAGUGACAUUCCGGUAUAUCUUGUACUAUACGGUAUGGGUAGCGCGUAUCUUACAGUCGACUCGACAAAUUUGAUGCUUACCUAACCCGAGGGUUUUGUAUAAAAGAAACCACAAAAACUACAAACAAAUUGAAUGCCUACAUAACCCUCGUGCUUUAUGAAUCAUUUUAAACAAAAAUAAAUUUAUUUAAUUAAUAAUAAUAAAUUUUUUGGUAAAAAGGAACCCACCUUGCGCCAGCUACAAUGCCGGGCAAUCACUAAGCAAAGUUAUUUUUAGUAAAAUUCUUUAUCACUCUAUGUAAAUUAUGUUAAUUAAAUUUUAUUUAUAUUUUUAAUAGUUUAGGCACGCAAGUUUGAAGGAAAGGGCAAUAUAAAAUAUGCGCUGACAUUAUGUUAUAUAGGUAUAUAGACAUCCCCAGAAGAAGGUCCGAUCCCAACAAUUAAAUUAUUGUUAUUUUAUUUUAUUUAAAUACUUUCAAUGAUAAAGUACUGCACAUUAAAAAAAAUUAAUUGUAGUGGAAACAUUGCAAGGCAAUCUUCAUCCGAAUUGUUUUCUUUAGUUCCGUGUAUGAUAUUCUUUUAUCGUGUUUUCACAAAUCCUUACUACAAAAGACCGAAUAUAAUUAAAAUAAUGUUUAGCAAACUGAGCGAAAAUAUUACGUUCGUCACUUGAUGUUACAAAUUUCAAGAAAAACAUAAUAAAUUUAAAUGUUAAUAAAUUAACAAUUACAUUUCUUUAUUAUUCUAAAACGAUUUUUCUUUCAAUUCUUUCAUAUACGUAUCUGUUUAAAAAUUUUAUUUGACUUUUUUAAUCCUCAUCCUGUAAUUGCUCUUAAAGGUGCAAGUAAAUGCAAAUACAAAGAAGAGUAGUUUCGAAACUACGUAGCUGAGUGGUCAACAAUAAUCUAAUGGUCAUAAAAUUAUGUAUCCAUAAAAAUAUGUUUACAUAUAACAUUAUACGAAAGUGUACAUUUAGAUAAAAAUAAAAAAAUAUAAUUUUGUUUUUUAAUUUUUGGGAUAUCAAAACUGCGUCAAACUGUUAUGAGUAUUCGAAAAUUUAACGGGCAUCCAAUUUUAAAAAUCAAAAGCUUAGAUAUUUGUCGAAUGUUAAAAACAAGAGCCAGCAGUGCACCUUAAAAUUAAACCUAAAUAUUUUCAUAUAUAACUUCCGAUUGUUGUUUAAUUUUCAGAGAUUAAUUAUAUUAUUCUUAUUAGUGUUUACACAGAACUAUCUCAAUGGAUUCCCACUUUGGAAUGACAUGCGUGCGACACUGUCUCGUCGAACUGUAUAUCUCAAUAUCUUGGCUGUUGACUAUAAUGAAUACAUUUAGUUUAUGGGAAUCCACUAGAUCUUGAUCUGAACUGUUGCGGGUACUCUUACAAAUUUAAACAUAACGUUAAUAGUUCCCUCAAAAGGCUGUCAACAAAUUUCAAUAUUACAAAUUGGAAACAACUGUUCUAUGUUUUUACAAUAAGCGAAUUUAU